AUGCACUCACCUGUUGCUGCAGUGAAGGCACCCCGCACACACAACCGUCGCCGCGUGACCGGAUCCAGCGGAAGGAGGAGGGAAGGAGGAAAGAGUGAGCGGCAGAGGCCCAACAUGUCGCGGCAUUUAUUCUAUUCUGAGGUGCUGCUCUUCCUGCUCUUCGUGAUGAUGUGCCGCGGCAGUGGAGCUACAGCCACUGAUAAACCAAAUUCAUGUCAGGGAUCUUCACCGGGGAAAUAUUUUGAUUGGAGAGAUACAAAAGGUGAUGAAACAGUGAGUUUGCUCCGUGUUCCCAGUUUUGUUGAGAUGAAUGGUGAUGUGUUUGUCGUUGCCGAGGCGCAGUGCACGACGAAGGGAUGCGGUUUUACUGGGAUUUCCUCGGUGCUUCUGGAGUUGAAGGGUGGGACGCUAAAAGAGGAAUUGGAUGAGAGUAAAUUGAAGACACAAGUACUGGAUGAAUGUUCUUUCGAAGCAGGGCAAUGCUCUUCCCAAAUAGGAGUUUUGGCUGAUUCCCAAAGAGUGAAGAACGUACAUGUGGGCCGGCCAACAACAGUUGUGAAGGGAUUUGAUGUUUACAUGGUUGCUGGAAACUAUGGCUGGAAAGCCUCCGCUGAUGCUGGGGAGAGUGGAGCAGAUGAAUUGGGACUUUUACUGGUGAGAGGGAACGUCAGUGCUGAGGGC